CAUCCACGUAUCUCAACACAUGGGACUUCCUCUUCCUUCACCCCCUACUCUACUCUCCUUCUUCGAAAAAAAUGGCAAAUUCAAAGAGUCUAGAGUGCCAUUAGAGCAGCAAGAUGGCCUUUUUAGUGCUGGAGAAGAAUACUCCUUGGAUCUGGUAAGCAGAGAGCACGUAGCUAGACAUUCCAAACUCUCUUACAGAGGCCACUGGAGACCAGCUGAGGAUGCCAUGCUUAAGAAGCUUGUCGCUCUUAACGGCCCUCAAAACUGGAAUCUUAUCGCGCAGAAACUUGAAGGAAGAUCAGGAAAGAGCUGCAGGCUGAGAUGGUUUAAUCAAUUGGACCCGAGGAUUAACCGCAACGCUUUUACUAAAGAGGAGGAACAGAGGCUUCUUGUUGCUCAUAAAUUCUAUGGAAACAAGUGGGCUUUCAUUGCCAGACUGUUUCCAUGGAGGACUGAUAACGCUGUCAAGAAUCACUGGCAUGUUAUCAUGGCGAGGAGGCAAAGGGAGAGAUCUAAUGAUUGCAGAAGGAGAAAGAAGUCAAAUUUGAGCAUUGAUGGCAAUAACCAUGAUUCUGUUUCAGCUUGCGCUGACUUAAUUUCUCUUCGUUCUUCUUUCACCAGUGAUGGCUUCUUCAGCACUUGUAAGCAUUUGCAGCUUCCAUUGAAGGAUCAGAAGCCAAGUCGAUAUGUCAUUGGUUCUGAUGGAAAACCGGUGGCUGGAAGAACUGAUCUAUCUGACAAUUCUGAUCUAGACUAUGAGUCUUCAUCAACAGAAACAAUGAAAAGUCAAAAUGCAAACAACUUCAUGCUGAAGAAGACGGAUCAUAAGAAGGAGAAGAUUAAGCUUCCUUUCAUUGAUUUCUUAGGUGUUGGAGCAAAUUAGAUCAAUUUCCUUCCUUGUUGGAGAAGUAAUUAACAAAGGAGAGGCUUGCUUACAUUUUCUUCUCAUGGAAAGGAGAGAUUAUGAAACACUGAGUUAACACAUGUGCGGAUCGGGUGUAUUUAGGGUGUACUGAGGUGGGUAGACCCUAAAUCUCAAAUACACUCAAUCCGUUUGUGCGGAUAUUUAGGGUGUACUGAAUUGGGUAGACCCUAAAUCUUAAAUACACUCAUUCCGUUUGUGCGGAUGAUCGAUAUGUAAUAGUUUUUCUAUGAAGAGGUUGCAAGUUCGACUUCUAAUUAAGAAACUUUCAAUAAUUCAAGUCAUAUUAGACUCUUUUGUUCAAUAAGAUAUUAUGU